CUCCUCCCCCUCCCCGUCCCAGUUGUAUUCCCAGGAAGAGCAGCAGGAAAAGCCUCCGCCGCUGACGCCGGGGGAAGCGAGAAGCCGGUUCCUUCUCGCAGCCCACUCCUUGCGCCCCAGGAUCGUCACGGCAUCCGGCCGAAGGCCACGAGCACCACCUGGGCCCAGCUCCGGGCCGGGCGCGGGCGGCGCGGGCGCGGACGCGGCUUCAGCACCACGGACAGCACCCGCCAGCGGCCCGCCCGCUCGCAGCGCGUUCCGGAGGGUGUGAGUGAGGCGCGAGCUAUGCCCGCAGCAUGGCCUGGCGCUCGGGGCCCAUGGCGCUGCUCCUCGGCUUUGGCCUCCUCCGGCUGUGCUCAGGAGUCUGGGGUACGGACACAGAGGAGCGGCUGGUGGAGCAUCUCCUGGAUCCUUCCCGCUACAACAAGCUUAUUCGCCCAGCCACCAAUGGCUCUGAGCUAGUGACAGUACAGCUCAUGGUAUCACUGGCCCAGCUCAUCAGUGUGCAUGAGCGGGAGCAGAUCAUGACCACCAAUGUCUGGCUGACCCAGGAAUGGGAGGAUUAUCGCCUCACUUGGAAGCCCGAGGAGUUUGACAAUAUGAAGAAAGUUCGACUCCCUUCCAAACACAUAUGGCUCCCAGAUGUGGUCCUAUACAACAAUGCUGACGGAAUGUACGAGGUGUCCUUCUAUUCCAAUGCUGUGGUCUCCUAUGAUGGCAGCAUCUUCUGGCUGCCGCCUGCCAUCUACAAGAGUGCUUGCAAGAUCGAAGUAAAGCACUUCCCAUUUGACCAGCAGAACUGUACCAUGAAGUUCCGCUCGUGGACCUACGACCGCACGGAGAUCGACCUGGUGCUCAAGAGUGACGUGGCCAGCCUGGACGACUUCACACCCAGUGGCGAGUGGGACAUCGUCGCGCUGCCGGGGCGGCGCAACGAGAACCCCGAGGACUCCACUUACGUGGACAUCACCUAUGAUUUCAUCAUCCGCCGCAAGCCACUCUUCUACACCAUCAAUCUCAUCAUCCCCUGUGUGCUCAUCACCUCACUAGCCAUCCUUGUCUUCUACCUGCCGUCCGACUGCGGUGAGAAGAUGACGCUGUGCAUCUCCGUGCUGCUGGCGCUCACCGUCUUCCUGCUGCUCAUCUCUAAGAUCGUGCCACCCACGUCCCUCGAUGUGCCGCUUGUUGGCAAGUACCUCAUGUUCACCAUGGUUCUCGUCACCUUCUCCAUCGUCACCAGCGUGUGUGUGCUCAACGUGCACCACCGCUCGCCCACCACGCACACCAUGGCGCCCUGGGUCAAGGUCGUCUUUCUGGAGAAGCUGCCCACGCUCCUCUUCAUGCAGCAGCCACGCCACCACUGCGCCCGCCAACGCCUGCGCCACAGGCGACGGCAGCGCGAGCGAGAGGGCGCUGGAGCACUUUUUUUCCGCGAAACCUUGGGGUCCAACUCCUGCACAUGCUUCGUCAACCGCGCGUCCGUCCAGGGCUUGGCUGGGGCCUUCGGGGAGGAGCCCGCGCCUGCAGCCGUCCCGGGGCGCUCGGGGGAGCCCUGUGGCUGUGGCCUCCGGGAAGCAGUGGAUGGCGUGCGCUUCAUCGCGGACCACAUGCGCAGCGAGGACGACGACCAGAGCGUGAGUGAGGACUGGAAGUAUGUGGCCAUGGUGAUCGAUCGCCUGUUCCUCUGGAUCUUUGUCUUCGUGUGUGUCUUUGGUACCAUCGGGAUGUUCCUACAGCCUCUCUUCCAAAACUACACCUCUACCACCUUCCUCCAUGCAGACCAUUCGGCUCCCAGCUCCAAGUGAGCUCCCACCCUCUGGCUCCACGCUCCUUCACCCCUUUAUCCUUUGUUGUACAAUACUUUUGGGUGGAGGAGGAUGAGCUACCAGGAAGAGGGG